CCGUGGACAGCUCCAGUCUCACUGCGUGUAUCUGGGCUGAAGCGACAAGCAAUUGCAUCCAUCCACACAUCCAAGCAUUUGUCUAUGUCUUACUGUGGAUUGUGUGGACUCGUGUUGCUCCUACACUGUUAAAAGUGUCAGUUUUUUUUUCCUCCCUAAAGAAGUGGAUCCUCCCUGCACCGAGUUCUUUUUGUCUUCCACUCACAUCGGAGCAUGGCUGCGCGUCUCCGUGACUGUUACUGAUGUGUGGGAUGUUCCUCCAUGCCGCGUGGAUCCUACUUUAGGAUCUAAAGAAGCGGUGUGAAGUUUGGGCGAUAGGCGAGCUGCAUCUGCAACAACAACAACGGCAGCGGGUGUGAGGCGGUGAGUGGUCCAGACGCAUUCAGCAGCCAGGAUGAGGUGCCUGUGUGACUUUUUAAAUUGCACUUAAAGACAGAGGAGGAGCCUGACACAUCUGCAGGAGCAGACCUUCUUAUCGAGCAUCUGCAGAAAGCCUCAUUUCACACUCUUUCCCCACAUUAGCGUAAAACCAAGACAUCAGAAAUGAAGAAGUUUCGCAAGGUGUUGGACGGGUUGACCACCUCCUCUCCAGGUGGCGGGACUAUUGGAUCUCCGUCGUGUGGCAGCGCCGCCGGGACCCCCACCACAGCGCCUACCCCCAAAGAGAUCGACGUGCAGGAGACACUCGUGUCGGAAAACUUUCAGCUGUGUAAGACGGUGCGCCAUGGAUUCCCUUACCAGCCCACUGCUUUGGCCUUUGACCCUGUGCAGAAGAUCCUGGCCAUCGGCUCCAGAUCAGGUGGUGUUCGGAUACUGGGACGGCCCGGGGUUGACUGCUUUUGUCAGCACGAGAGCGGUGCAGCCGUUCUUCAACUUCAGUUCCUUAUCAAUGAGGGUGCGUUAGUCACAGCCUGCGCAGAUGACACGUUACACUUGUGGAAUCUUCGUCAGAGGCGACCGGCUAUCCUGCAUUCACUCAAGUUCAACAGAGAAAGGAUCACAUUUUGCCACCUUCCCUUUCAAAGUAAAUGGCUUUACGUGGGAACAGAGCGCGGGAACACACACGUCGUCAACAUCGAGUCCUUCAUUUUGUCUGGAUACGUCAUCAUGUGGAACAAAGCCAUCGAAUUAUCAACGAAAACACAUCCAGGACCUGUAGUUCAUUUGAGUGACAGCCCAAAGGAUGAAGGCAAGCUUCUUGUUGGGUUUGAGAGCGGGACAAUAGUCCAGUGGGACCUUCGGGCCAAAAAGGCCGAUUUCAGAAUCUACUAUGAUGAGGCCAUCCAUUCGGUCAGCUGGCAUCAUGAAGGGAAGCAGUUUAUGUGCAGUCACUCAGAUGGCAGCUUGACCCUGUGGAACCUCAGAAACACUUCCAAGCCCAUCCAGGUCACAUUCCCACAUGGUAAAAUACAGAAAGAUGGGAGGAAGGAAUCGUGUAAACCCAUUCUGAAAGUGGAUUAUAAAACCUCAAGGAACAGCGAGCCUUUUGUCAUCUUCUCCGGAGGGCUUUCAUACGACAAGGCAGGACGACGGCCCACGUUAACCAUCAUGCACGGCAAGGCAAUUACAGUGCUCGAGAUGGACUAUCCUAUUGUCGAGUUCAUGACGCUUUGUGAGACUCCUUACAAUAACGAGGUGCAGGAUCCUUAUGCAGUGGUGGUGCUUUUAGAAAAGGAUUUAAUAGUGGUGGAUCUGACGCAGAGCAACUUCCCCGUCUUUGAGAACCCUUACCCCAUGGACAUCCAUGAGUCUCCAGUUACAUGCACAGCUUAUUUUGCAGACUGCCCUCCGGACAUCAUCCCUGUCCUUUACUCCAUAGGAGCCAAACACAAGAAAACCGGCUACAGUCAAAAGGAAUGGCCAGUUAGUGGGGGAAUGUGGACGUUAGGCUCUCACACCUACCCAGAGGUCAUCAUUACGGGACAUGCAGAUGGAUCAAUCAAAUUUUGGGAUGGAUCUGCAAUUACACUGCAGAUGUUAUACAAGCUGAAGACCUCCAAGGUGUUUGAAAAGCCAAAACAAAAUGAGGGUCGUGCUGCAGAACUGGUGGACGAUGACCCCUUUGCGGUGCAGAUGGUCAGCUGGUGUCCCCAAAGUCGCAUCUUUUGUGUCGUUGGGAUCUCGGCACACAUCAUCCUCUACCGCUUCAGCAAAUAUGAUGCCAACACUCAGAUUGUGUCUCUCGAGGUGCGACUGCAAUGUGAUCCAGAGGAUGUCAUCUCUCCAUCGGAAAAUGAAAACAAUCCCUGCUUCUCAGAGCCCCACUCAGGCUCCCACUCUCCUCAGCCCCACCACCAACACCCAGCAAGCCCUGGCAGCGGAACACCCGAGUCUUUCAAAGACUGCACCCCUUGCCUUAAGGUAAAGGAUCGGGCGGUGCGGGUACCUCCUGGCUACCAGGCAGAGCUAGUGAUCCAGCUGCCUUGGAUGGACGGAGAACCUCCACAGCAAAUCUCAAGCCUGGACAUAAACUCCGCCUAUGGCCUUUUGGCAUUCGGGAACUGUAAUGGCCUUGCGGUGGUCGACUACUUGCAGAAAACCAUCCUGUUGUGCAUGUCCACUCUGGAUUUGUACGGUGCCGCUGAUCCCUAUCAACGCCUUACCCGCUCCCCCCGCAGGAACAGACAGUCCACCUCAGAGUUUUGCAUGCGCGGCCUGUCUAACUUUUAUUCCGAUUCAAAGAAAAGGAUCCGUACAUCCUACCAGAGCCUUACUGAACUAUCUGACAACCAGCAGUCUGUUGACACGGAGAGAAGCAAGUCACCCACCUCAGUUCAUUACCCAACCUCCCUUCACAAUGACCCACGCGUCCUGCCAGAGCCUGUGGCCAGUUUGAGAGCCAGCCACUGCAGCCCAGUCUUUUACUUAUUGGACAAUGUAAAAGGACCCGGCAGAAAGUUAAGUCUGCCAACAGAUCUUAAGACCAAUCUUGAUCAUGUCAAUGGACAUUGCACUAGCCCCACCUCCCAGCCCUGCUCGGCGGGGAAGCCUCGCGUCCCGAUGGGUCCCGAGGGGCCACGGCUUGCUCGCAGAGGCCCUGGCCGACCGCCAUUCCGCAAGGCCCAGUCUGCUGCUUGCAUGGAGAUCUCUUUGCCUGUGUCCCACACUGAAGGUUUUGCAUCCAGGAGGGCAAUGCUCCAGCAGUUACAUGGAGUCACAAUGUACUCUCACGACGAACACCACACCACCACUUCCUACUGCUGGAGUGACAGAGAGAGUCGCGAAAACUCCUUCAGCCGCUCACGUAGCUCCAGUGUCUCCAGCAUUGAUCGCGACACCAAAGAGGCAAUCACCACACUGCAGUUUGGAGAGUCGUUCGGGCGAAAGAGCGACACUUUGCCAACUCCAUGUCUGUGGGUUGGUACCAGCCUUGGUGUGAUCUUACUCAUCCCAAUGUCCAUACCCACGGACCUGGAGGAAAGGAUGGAGGAACCGGUCACCAUUGGUCCCUGUGGGGCAGUUCUGAUGCUAAAGGGUUCUGUGUUGCGCUUUGGCUUCUUGGACUGCAUGGGUGCACUCGUUCCAAACCCCUACGAGGUUUGGCGUGAUCUCAAUGCACCAGAAGACCCCGACCGACCAAGAAAGCGCAAGCUGGUGCACUACUCACCCUCAUCCUCCCAGGACACCUGCGGAGAGGGACAUCUGGCUAUCGUGUGCUCCGAGAGGCAGGCCAAAGUGUUCUUGAUGCCCUCACAGUCUUGCCUCUUCGUCCACAACAUCACAGAGUCGUCCUUCGUUCUGCGGGCUGACGUGGUGUCAGUGUGUAACAGUGUGUGCCUCGCCUGCUUCUGUGCCAAUGGACAUGUCAUGACGCUCAGUUUGCCCAGUCUAAGACCCCUGAUGGAUGUUAAUUACCUGCCUCUGACGGACAUGCGCAUUGCGAGAACCUUUUGCUUCACCAACGGGGGACAGGCACUUUAUCUCAGUUCCCCGACAGAGAUCCAGAGAAUUACAUACAGUCAGGAAAUGUAUGACAAUCUGCAGGAAAUGCUCGGAGAGCUGUUUACACCAACAGAAACACCAGAAGCCCAGAAUAGAGGCUUCCUGAAGGGCUUCUUCGGGGGAAAUGCUCACACAUUCGACAGGGAGGAGCUCUUUGGUGAGGCAGCCGCAGGUAAGGCAUCUCGGAGUUUGGCCCAACACAUCCCUGGUCAGGGAGGGGUGGAGGGCAUGAAGGUGGCAGCGAGUGGGGCAGUGGGUGAGCUCGCCAGGGCCCGCAUUGCUCUGGAUGAAAGAGGCCAGAGACUCGGUGAGCUGGAAGAAAGAACUGCCCUCAUGAUGACCAGUGCAGAAAGUUUCUCCAAGCAUGCUCAUGAGCUCAUGUUAAAGUGCAAGGACAAGAAGUGGUACCAGUUCUAGUUAACGGGAGCCAAGUGAGGCCAACUGAUGGAUUUCUGAGGGCGCUGUGCCAAGGGCAGGAAUUUUAACUCAGCGGAUGAGAGCAAUUAAAAGACAGGCUGAAAGACUUUCUCUUUAUGGCUUCUGAGCCAAGUGUGCAACAUCGUCACACAGUAAGAGGACAGGAGAGAUCCUCAUUUGAUCAUUUGCUGAAAAAGAUGGGGAGAAAAAGAAUGGUAGCAUUUAGAGGACCGGAUGUGUGCGCGUGUACCUAAUGUGUGUGUGUGUGUGUGUGUGUGUGUGUGUGUGUGUGUGUGUGUGUGUGUGUGUGUGUGUGUGUGUGUGUGUGUGUGUGUGUGUGUGUGUGUGUCCUGGCUAUUUUUGGACGUCACUGUGUAGAUACUCAACAAUUAAGAAAUCAACAUGACAUGCAUGAAACAAAAAAGGAAUGACUAUCAAAAUAUCAAACUGCCAUAUUAAAAAGCAGCAUGCUCACUUUAAUGCUACUUUGACAGGAGAUUCAAUUAUUAUUUUUUUUAAUUUAUUAAUAUAGCCAACUACGGAAACUAUGAAAAACGUUCUAUUUUUUGAAAUAUUGACGAAAAAAAUCUAUAUAUAAAAAAACAGAAAUGUAUACCUGCAUCGCUAAUAAGCCAAAACUUGUGUUCUUUUUCCCUUUCCUCGUUUUCCUUUUGACGUUUUUUCUGCGAAUAUUUCUUGACACACUUCAAAUGCACAUAGUUAGCUCUCCACAUACUAAAAUAUAAUAGUAAAACUUUGUUGAUACCAGGUACUCUUGGCUGCAUCAUAGUGCAACCAUAGACGGAUUUUGCUAUGAACUGCACCGUUUAAUCAAGUUUACGUUUGGGCUGCUGCGACUUUCCAAUACAAGAAAUGUUGGGGCUAUAUUCCCCUCACCAACUACCAUUCAGAAUUCAGGAUUCAGAAAGGAAUAAUUUGACAUGUAUGCAAAGGCUUGGGGAACACACCGUAUGUAGAUAUAAACUUAUAUACUCACGUGCCAUAAGGAAGACGAGUGCAAUUCGUGUGAAGUUACAAAGAGCUAAGUGAGUAAUGGUGGUCAUAUGCCUCCGGUUACACUCAGACGAGACAUUGAGAGAUGUUCAAGGGGCAUUUAAUGAGGUCAAAAACCAUGUUGUUUUCCAAAUAACGCUUAUGAUUUUACUUUGUGUGGGUCAUUCUUUGCGAGAUGCGCGGGUUUAGUGGAAAAUUAUGGUGUGUGUAUGUGGAAGAAUGAGUGCCACAUGUUAAAAACAAAAUACUGAUAAACAUUACAAUACAAUACGCUCAGUCUCUGCCAAAGCAAUUAAAAAGAACUGCCACCCUCUCAUAUCUCUCCAAUCCAGUUGUUACAAGUUGUGACUUGUGUAUUUUCAGGAUUCUAAUGGACCUGCGUGUUCAUAACAGUGAUUGUUGCUGUCUGUGUGAUGGCAGCGCAAAGAGGAGUUGGCUUCACCAUCCGUUCAACCAACUUCCUUGUGAGUCGUUUAUCAGUAAAUGGUUCAGAAAAAAAAAAAAGCAGUAUUUUUCCAGUACUAUUCAGAUGUAAGUCAGUGAAGAUGUUCAUGUGUAAAACAGCAGCAAUUUCAACUAAAGGCAACUGUGUUACUUUAUUUCAUUCAAUAUUGUUCUUGAUGAUUAUGGUAUCCUCUUGUCGCAAGUCCUAUAUUUGAUGGUGACGGCCUCUCAAAUGGAAGGCCCUUGUAUGUUAAAAACAGCAAUUGUUUCAUGAUACAUGGUGGUGUAUCAUAUUGUGAUUGUGUUGUACAUGUCAGUGCUACGCGACAGAGGCCAACGACAUCGAGUGAAGAGGAUUUUUUUUUUGUACCUGUGUCUUUGUAUUUUAAAAUGAUCUGAAAAAAAAAUCUCUUACACAUCAGGCCUUUAUGCACACAAGCAUCGACACAAAUUAAUCACUGCGCCUUGUUUAUGUUGAUAGCGCACCUGCAUCGAGGUACACCAACAUACACAUGCAAAGUACAGUGAAACAUAACCGCAGUGAUGUCUCCUUGCAUUAUUAGACAUUUAGACCUGCUUGUCAGGCUACCGAGACUCAUUAUUUUCACCCAUACACUUCAAUAGAUGAGACACGCACAUUUUCUGACUGACAUUUAUUUUGACUCAAUGAGACAUCUUGAACUUGUCAAAAAUGGUUCUCAUUCAAUUAAGUUUAUUUUCGACACAGUCUGAAUGGAAUAAAAAAAGGUAUAAAGAAAAAAAAAUGUGACCUCAGUUGACAGGGUGUUUUAUUUAAAUGUUUUUGUUUUCUUUGUUUUUAUAUAUUAACUGUACUUUUCAAUGUUGGGUGAGACAAGCAAAAAUGUGAUACAGAUGGGGUAUUUUUCUCUAUAUAUGUUGUACCUGUCACUGCUGGUACUCCGUUUCUGUCUAAACCACUGAAACGUUGUUGUUCUUCACACAGUAAAUACCCUUGGGGGAAAAAAAACAUUCUCAAGUUUUCUGGAUUAUGGCAGCAAAGUUUGUCUUCUUUAAAUGGAUUCUACCACUUUUUCUUCUUAAUAUUAUACUAGUGUAAUAGAGAUUACUUGACUAAAAGAGCUGAACAUAUGUUGAUGCAGAAGCAAACUGAUAAUAAACAUGGAUUGAUGUACAUCA